CAUGGCUUCCAACCACCUCUUUUAUUGCAUGCACAAGCUAGAUACCACUUCCACUUCACCCACCUUAUUAUAUCAAACUACCCAAAAUAUAUUUCUCUUAGCUUGAAAAUAACCAAAAAAAAAAGGAAAAAAUAUGGGUAGUGAAAUAAAAUUAAGAUUUUUUCUUGUAACAUGUUUGUUUUAUGUAUGUUUUUCUUAUUCUACUAAGAAAACUUAUAUUGUUCAAAUGGAUAAUUCAGCCAUGCCAAUGGUUUUUUCUAGUCAUUUUGAUUGGUAUAAUUCCAAAAUAAAUACCAUUGUAGAAGAGAAAUUUGCUAGUAAUGAAGGAAGUAGUAGGGUUAUGUACACUUACCAAAAUGCUAUUCAUGGGCUUGCGGCCCAACUCACCGAUGAAGAGGCUUUGAAAUUGGGUCAAGAUUAUGGGGUUGUGAAUUUAUUUCCAGAGACAGUGUAUAAUCUUCAUACUACUAGAAGCCCAUUGUUUUUGGGGUUGAAUAGAGAAGAUGUUAUUCUUGAGCAGGCCGGAAACCAGGCCCGUAACUAUGAUGUCAUUGUUGGGGUGCUUGAUACUGGAAUCUGGCCUGAAAGUCAGAGUUUUAAUGAUUCCGGGUUAGGCCCGGUUCCGGCCCGGUGGAAGGGUGCAUGUGAGAAAGGUCAGGGUUUUGACCCGGCCCGACAUUGUAAUAGGAAGAUAGUUGGAGCCCGGGUUUUCUAUAAGGGGUAUGAAGCCGCUACUGGGAAUAUAAGUGAUGAAUUGGAGUAUAAAUCUCCAAGGGACCAAGACGGUCACGGGACCCACACAGCUGGGACCGUGGCUGGGUCCCCUGUACGUGGUGCAAGUUUAUUAGGCUAUGCACCAGGUACAGCCCGAGGGAUGCACCCUCGGGCUAGGGUUGCUGCCUACAAGGUGUGCUGGGCUGGUGGGUGUUUCAGCUCAGACAUCUUGUCAGCAGUCGACCAAGCAAUAGCAGACGGAGUAGAUGUACUAUCGAUUUCCUUAGGAGGCGGCGUGUCGUCUUAUUAUCGAGAUAGUUUAUCGGUUGCUACAUUUGGAGCUAUGGAGAAAGGAGUGUUUGUUUCGUGCUCGGCGGGUAAUGGUGGACCCGACCCGGUUAGUCUUACCAAUGUUGCACCAUGGGUUGCUACUGUUGGAGCAAGUACUUUGGAUAGGAACUUUCCUGCUAAUGUUAGGCUUGGAAGUGGGAAGUCAUUUAAUGGAGUGUCAAUUUAUAAAGGGAGAAUGAGUUUGUCACCCGAGAAGCUUUACCCGGUUGUGUAUUUGGGUAGUAACUCGACGAAUCCGGAUCCAACUUCCUUGUGCUUGGAAGGUACUCUUGAUCGUCGCAAAGUUCAAGGAAAGAUAGUAAUAUGUGAUCGAGGCAUUAGUCCUCGAGUUCAAAAAGGUCAAGUGGUGAAAGAAGCCGGAGGAGUAGGCAUGAUCCUAGCUAACACUGCGGCUAAUGGUGAGGAGCUAGUAGCUGAUUGUCAUCUCAUUCCGGCUGUGGCAGUCGGAGAGAAGGAAGGCAACGUUAUAAAGCGAUAUGCAAUGAGAAACCGAAAUGCGACAGCAACAAUGUCGUUUUUAGGUACAAAAGUCGGCAUCAAACCCUCCCCAAUAGUAGCAGCAUUUUCCUCAAGGGGUCCCAACAUCCUUUCCUUAGAGGUUCUUAAGCCCGAUAUAGUGGCCCCCGGAGUAAACAUCCUUGCUGCUUGGACUGGAAGUGUGGGACCCUCGGGUGUCCCUGCAGAUAAUCGGAGGGUCAAGUUCAAUGUACUAUCGGGUACGUCUAUGUCGUGCCCUCAUGUUAGUGGGGUAGCGGCUUUGAUCAAGGCCAAGCACCCGAAUUGGAGUCCUGCUGCAAUAAAAUCUGCACUAAUGACUACUGCAUAUAUACAUGACAAUUCACAAAGACCUAUAAUAGAUGCAUCGACCGGGUCACCCUCGAGCCCUUAUGAUUACGGAGCGGGUCAUAUAAACCCGGUUAGGGCGCUCAACCCGGGUUUGAUCUACGACAUAUCGCCUCAAGAUUACUUCGAUUUCUUGUGUGCCCAAAACCCGACACCAACCCAACUCCGAGUCUUUUCUAAGGGUAAAAAGUCUUGCCAUAACACUAUUUCUAAGCCAGGGGACUUAAACUACCCUGCGCUAUCAGCCCUAUUUCCUUCAAAUACAAGCAUAUCUAGUAUAACCCUCAAACGAACGGUCACGAAUGUGGGCCCACCCGUCUCUAGUUAUCGAGCUCGAGUCACUCCAUUCAAAGGGGCUAAGGUGUUGGUUGAGCCUAAUGUGUUGAAGUUUACUAAAAAGUAUCAGAAGUUGUCUUAUAAAAUCACAUUUAAGACAGUUUCUAGACAGCCUGAAGCAGAAGCUGGAUUCUUAGUGUGGAAGGAUACAGUUCAUAGAGUAAGAAGUCCUAUUGUGUUGACAUGGUUACCAUCAAUUUGAAUCAUGGAUAUACAAAUAAACUUCAUGAGAUUAAAUUGGGACAAUUUAAAUUUGCUUGUAGGAUUUUUUUUUUUUUGUUGUUGUUGUUGUUGUAAUCUUCUCAUCAUAGGGAAAAUUAGUAGAGUUGUACUAAGAAGUAAGAGCUAGUGACUUUUAUUUUUCUUAAUAAGAUCAAGGAUGAACAAUGUAAUAUGAUAAUAUCAAUCAAAAGAGGGGAAAAACCUUAUUGAUA